AUGAGUGGAGUUGUUGAGCUUCCUGAACAGAUAGGGGAACUGCAGUUUCUUGAGACUCUUGAUCUUACCAAGACUUCCAUCAGAAGGCUGCCAACAAGCAUUCUUGGCUUAUGGCGUUUGGUAUAUUUACUUGUCUGUAAUGUGGAAUUGCCAGAUGGAGUUGGCGACAUGCAGUCUCUGGAGGAGCUUUCAGGGAUUCAAGUUAACACCACCAACUCAACAAAUUCACUGUUGGGUGUGGGACAGUUGACUAAACUGAGGAUUGUCCAACUAAUAUGGUCCAUUUCCGAUGUGUGCGGUGAUAUUAAAGGAUAUGAGGAUAAUCUACUCUUGUCGCUGAAGGAACUAUCCAAGCUCCAAUCUCUAAGCAUCGAAAGCAAAUAUGGUUCUUCUCUCAGUUUCUUGGAUUCUUGGUCACCUCAUCCUCAGUCUCUUCAGAAACUCUAUUUGAGCGGAGGAUAUUAUUUCCCCAGAAUUCCAGAGAGGAUAAUCUCGCUUGUCAACCUUGAUUUCCUCGACAUCAGGGUUUAUCAAGUGGAAGAGGAAAUGAUGAAUGUUUUGGGAUCCCUGCCAGCUCUGUUAGUUCUCAGCAUAUCAUCGCAGGUUGCAGCCGCAGAACAAAGGAUAGUGGUUCAGCCCGGGUUGUUCCACUGUCUGACGAAAUUUACACUCACUUGCUUGAAUAGUUGGACAGGGUUGGUAACCGAACCAGAGGCUCUGCCGAAGCUAGCAAGGCUUGGGCUUCUGUGCUACGUGCAGGGACAGAGAGAUCCUGUGUUUGGUGAUUAUGGCAUCAAGUAUCUCAGUUCUCUCAAAAAUCUCCAUGUUGAGAUCACCUUGGGGGACGCAGGGAUUUGGGAGGUUGCCACAAGAUCCUCUAACAUUCCGCCGCCACAAGUUCAAAUAUCGGACGGACAUAAUAUGGUGGAGGAAGAGGAAAUCAUCGAAGCGGUGGAGUCCUUGUCUACACACAUUGAAGAAGAAUCUACUAUCUACAAAGAUGCUAAAAUGCUCCCUAAGCCUCCCACCUAUGAUUUCAAAAGUUGGGGCCCACAACAUAUUGUGGGGGUGGAUGUGAAAAUGGAUUCCCAAUCUUCACAGGAAGGCCCAGAAGAUGAGUACAAGGCUGAGGCAGGGAGUAUCCAUUCCACCUAUGAUGGCAUGUCUCCGAGCGAGAAUUCAAGUAAGAGUCAGAAUAUUGCCAGCAAUGCUCAGAUGACAACUUCUUUUUCAACUGAAUGUCAAGUGUAUGGGAGGGAUGCAGAAAGAGACAAGAUAAUAGACCUGUUGAUAAAGGGGGAAUCUGGUGAUCUGAAUAUUUUGCCAGUGGUUGGUAUUGGUGGAAUUGGGAAGACAACGCUUGCUAGAUAUGUAUACCAUGAUAAAAGAAUUAAAGGUCAUUUCGAUUUGCAAAUGUGGGUCUGUGUAUCCACCAACUUUGAUGUAGUGGGUCUAACACUUCAGAUCCUAGAGCUUGUAUGUGAAGAUAGAUCGUAUGAGAAAAAAAGCAGCUUGAAUAAGUUGCAGGAGAUCCUUUUGGAGAAUAUUAGGAACAAAAGAUUUCUGCUUGUAUUGGACGAUAUGUGGGAAGACACGGACAGGAGUGGAUGGAUUAAACUCUUGGCUCCAUUGAAAAGUAACCAAGCAAAUGGUUGCAUGGUACUAGCAACAACUAGAACAAAAUCAGUAGCAAAAAUGAUACGAACUAUGGAUGAAAUCACAUUGAGUGGUCUGGAUGAAAAGGAGUUUUGGCUGUUCUUCAAGGCAUGUGCAUUUCGCAAUGACAACUGUGAGCAUCAUCCUUGUUUGCAAUCUAUUGGGAAACAGAUUGCUAAAGCACUGAAAGGCUGCCCACUAGCUGCACGAAGUGUUGGUGCACUUCUGAGCACAGAUGUUAGCUAUAAGCACUGGACGGCAGUUUGGGACAAAUGGAAAUCUCAUCAAGAAUAUCCUGAUGAUAUUUUACCCAUCUUGAACCUCAGUUAUGAUUAUUUACCAGUCCACCUUCAACGUUGUUUCUCAUACUGCUCUUUGUUUCCAAAGGACUACCGAUUUAAUGAGGAAGUUUUGGUCUAUGCUUGGAUGUCACAAAGUUUUGUGCAGUGCGAAGACCCUGCGAUGAGAUUGGAGGAAACAGGGCAGAAAUAUUUCGAUAGAUUAGUGGAUUUGGGCUUCUUCCAGAAGGAUGGCUCACUCUGUGUUAUGCAUGAUCUAAUGCAUGAAUUGGCAGUGAUGGUUUCAUCAAAUGAGUGUGCUACUGUACAUGGAUUGAAACCUGAGAGGUUUGACAAAAUACCAUAAAUUGGCAAUUCGACCAAGUGUUCGCCAUUUUUCAAUCAUAACUACUGCUUUUGAUAAAGAUGAAAAUAUCAAUUUUCCUAGUGAGAGGCUUGACAAAAUACCAUAGAAGGUUGGGCCUUUGCAAAAAAUUGAGGACCUUGAUGUUGUUUGGGUGAAGCAGCAUAAAUAUAUUAGGGUCCAUACGUAGUUUAUGCAAGGAGGCAAAAUGUUUACGGUUCCUAAGAAUCUAUGUGACAGGUGCUGACGUCAGCUCUAUAAACAGUUUGAUAAAUCCAUGCCAUCUUCACUAUCUUGAAUAUGUUUGUGUAUAC